AAACAUAUUCAUGAGACCCACAGAUCCUCACAUUAGGCAUCCAACAGUGACGCCAAAAAGGAGAUACCGACGCAAGAAGCCGGAGACACUCAAGCAGAUAUCAUAACGACGAACAGAGCAUCAACGGCCCACCCAUUGGACGCUCCCACGACGAGAUCGCGUCACUUCAGGUUGCCCGCAUCUCAGACCGCGUUCUCGGGGAUUGUGACAGCCCACUAGCGUCAUUCGGACUCAAACUAGCUGCGUUCGGCCGCACGACCAAUCAGCGCUCACGCACCUGCGAUAUCCCCGACUUUUGUCAUAGAGGCAGCCACGUCGGAGCCGAGAGGAUGAAGUAUAAGGACGAAGUCUUGGAAGACGAGAUGAAUCUAAGCAAGCACAGGAGUUUCAAGAGUACAGCGAAACUUUGAGUAUACAGCGCUUUCACAAUGUCUACUACUAACUCUGUUGACGAGAAGCCCGGCAAAACGGACGGCCAGAUUGACUACGAUGGUGAUGUCGAGUUCAACCCUAGGUCACUCAAGUUCCUCACAGUCAUGAUCGGCAUGUACAUGUCUAUCUUCCUCGUCGCCCUGGACCGCACAAUUGUCGCCAUCGCCGUCCCCGCACUCACCAACACUUUCGAAUCAAUCAGCGACAUUGGCUGGUACGGAUCAGCCUACUUGCUAACCGGCGCAUGUUGCAAUCCGAUCUUCGGCCGCAUUUAUCAGCUUUACUCCACAAAAUGGGUCUUCCUUGCAGCUAUUACAAUCUUCGAGAUCGGGAGUGUUGUGUGCGGCGCUGCUCCCUCGUCUGUGGCAUUCGUCAUAGGAAGAGCAGUCGCGGGCAUCGGAUCGGCGGGGAUCUUCCAGGGCGGCAUGAUGGUCAUCGUGGGCCUUGUGCCGUUGAGUAAGCGACCGAUGUACACAGCUGUCUUCGGCAUGUCGUUCGGUGUUUGCGCGGUGCUGGGUCCCAUCGUAGGUGGCGCAUUCGUGGAUCAUGUUUCAUGGCGUUGGUGCUUCUACAUCAACCUGCCUGUCGGGGCCGUCACGAUGGCUAUCCUGUUCUUCUUCUUCCAUAUGGACUCCCCGAGCCGCGAGAACCUGUCCGUCAUGCAACAGAUCCAACGUCUUGACCCUAUCGGCAUCUUCUUCCUCGUCCCCAGCAUUAUCUGUCUGGUCCUCGCGCUGCAAUGGGGCGGCACAACAUACUCUUGGUCCUCACCUACCGUGAUUGGCCUGCUCGUCACAUUUUUCAUCCUGCUCAUCAUCUUUGGCGUCGUCGAAACCUUGACACCCGAAACCGCCAUGGCGCCUCCCCACGUCGUCCUCAACAGGAACGUAGCAGGCAGCAUGAUCUUCACAUUCCUGAACUACGGCUCCGUCAUGGCCAUUGCAUACUACCUUGCGAUCUGGUUCCAGAUCGCUAAGAGCCUGAGCGCAAUGCACGCGGGCAUCAACACGAUCCCGAUGGUCAUUGCGAUGGUGGUCGCGAGCGUCAUAUCCGCGAAGAUCACUCAGCGCAUUGGGUACUACAUCCCCGCCAUCAUCGUCUGCACGGUUCUCAGUUCCAUUGGCGCGGGGUUGCUGAGCACGAUGACGAGGUUCUCGGACCACAGCUACUGGAUCGGAUACCAGGUGUUGUUCGGUAUGGGCCUGGGGUGUGGCGGCCAGCAAGCGAGUCUUGCGAUGCAGAAGGCGUUGCCCAGAAAGGAUGUGAGCCUUGGCCUAGCGCUGGGUUUCCUGAUGCAGCAGCUCGGCGGUGCUGUCUUCCUCUCUGUUUGCCAGAACGUCUUUGCGACCAAGUUGGUGAACCGCCUCUCUGGUGUUGCGGGCCUUGAUCCAAUGCAGAUUGUUAGCUCGGGCGCGACUGCGAUUCGCACGAUUGUGCCGGCCGAUGAGGUUGAUGUGGUCGUUGAUGCGUAUAGCUUUGGCAUCACGAGGUGUUUUCUGAUCGGGGCGGCGCUAAGUGCGGCCACUAUCCUUGGUGUUGCGCUGAUGGAAUGGAAGAGCAUCAAGGACGACAAGAAGGACAAGGUGGCUGGCACAACGAAGGUUUGAGCGUACCGAGGGGAUUGGCCCUGAGCUUCGAGCUACCUUUUAAGAAAUAUGGCAUUUCCUUAUUGGGAACUCAAGAUACUAUUUCCUUAUUCAGAUCAUUGAUUCUAUCGGAGAUCUUACUGGCGGUCCCAUCUCUGCUAUGCUCAAGUAUCAAAGCC